ACAAAAGUCAGAUUAUUCCAAAUAACAUAUUUAUAUAUAAAUAUAAAAAUGGAGGAAUUUUUGAGCAGCGAAAUAGGCUUGGUGUUAUUUCUGGUUUUUUGCGGCACAUUUAUACUUUUUUCCAUAAUUGUUAUCGUCAUUGCGAGUGUGGGGUUUUAUAAAUGUCCUGCUGAAGGUAUUAUAAUCCCUCUUUGUUUUAUAGUGGCUGGAGUUGGGGUUAUUUUUUAUAUUGCAGUAGUAAUCGCUAAAAGGUUUACUGAGAAAGAUAUCAAAUGGAAGAAUGUAACCUUAACCAUAUUCGAAGUAAUAACAGCUUUUCUUGCAGGUGUACCUCUCGGUUACGGAACAAUUAGAGCCUGGAAAUUAUUUGAACCAAGUUAUGAUGAAGAAGAUGGAAAUGAAUAUUGUGCCAAAUAUUUAUAUUUUACUGUAAUAGUUUACUCUACAACACUAUUUGCAGUAACAUUAGUUUUAUUGGUUAUAUCUAUAGUUCAAUGUAUAAUAAAACUCUUAGAUAACCAAUAA